AUGCAGCAACUCCUCUCUUCUUCUUCUUCAUCCUCAAACCCCAACUUCACUCUCUUCUCAAACCCUAACCACCUCUCCAAAUUCUCCUUCAAAAUCCCCGUUCUACCCCUCCCCUCCCCUCCCCGCUGCUCCUCCCUCGACUCCUCCUCCACCCAGCUCCUCGACCACGACUCCCUCUCCGACGACCGCGCUCGAACCAAUGCCGCCGUGCCGGACACCAAACCAGUCCUCGUCGUUCGCCGCCCCUCCAUGGACGCCGAGACCGACGCCGAUGCCGCCCCUUCCCCUCUCGACGUCGGCCUCGCCGAGUUCGCCAAGAAGAUUGCGAUUUUCGAGCCCGACGACGGCGACGCCGCGUCGGAGCCCAAAGAGAAGCCGUUGAAGGUCAACCUGGACUUGGCCUUGUACAGAGCUAAGAUCUUGACCAGAAAUUACCGCUAUGCUGAAGCUCAGCAGUUACUCGAAAAGUGUAUAUAUUACUGGCCGGAAGAUGGGAGAGGUUAUGUGGCAUUGGGGAAGGCGUUAAGCAAGCAGUCGAAAUGGGGCGAAGCGAGGGCUGUGUAUGAGAAAGGUUGCCAAGCCACGCAGGGAGAGAAUCCAUACAUUUGGCAGUGUUGGGCUGUUUUGGAAGAUAAGAUGGGGAAUACAAGGAGAGCAAGGGAGUUAUUUGAUGCGGCGACGGUUGCUGAUAAGAAGCACAUUGCUGCCUGGCAUGGAUGGGGAGUUUUAGAGCUGAAGCAAGGGAAUAUUAGUAAGGCGAGGCAUCUGCUUGCUAAAGGUUUGAAAUUUUGUGGUGGGAAUGAGUACAUAUACCAGACAUUGGCACGAUUGGAAGCUAAAGCAAGUCGCUAUGAGCAGGCUCGGUACUUGUUCAGGCAGGCCACUAGAUGCAAUCCUAAAAGCUGUGCCAGUUGGCUUGCGUGGGCUCAGAUGGAGAUGCAACAGGAAAAUAAUCGUGCUGCUAGGCAACUUUUUGAGAAAUCAAUACAGGCAAGCCCAAAGAAUAGGUUUGCAUGGCAUAUUUGGGGACUUUUUGAAGCUAAAAUGGGAAAUGUUGAGAAGGGGAGAAAAUUAUUAAAGAUUGGCCACGCGCUCAAUCCAAGGGAUCCAGUCCUCCUUCAGUCUCUUGCUUUAUUGGAAUACGAACACUCUACUGCAAAUCUUGCUCGACAGUUGUUCAGGCGAGCAUCUGAGUUGGAUCCGAGGCAUCAACCAGUGUGGACGGCUUGGGGGUGGAUGGAAUGGAAAGAAGGAAACAUUGCCACAGCAAGGAAAUUAUACCAAAAGGCAUUGUCUAUUAACUCAACUAGUGAAACUGCUGCUCGCUGCCUACAGGCUUGGGGAGUUCUAGAACAGAGAAAUGGUAACCUAUCCGCAGCCCGAAGAUUAUUCAGGUCCUCUCUCAAUAUAAAUUCUCAGAGUUAUGUCACAUGGAUGACAUGGGCAUCAUUGGAAGAAAAUCAAGGGAACUCUGUCCGUGCAGAGGAAAUUCGCGAUCUCUAUUUCCAGCAGCGCACUGAAGUUGUGGAUGAUGCUUCAUGGGUUAUGGGAUUGUUAGACAUCAUAGAUCCAGCACUUGACAGAAUCAGGAGUGUCUUGAAGUUGGAUCAGGCCUCGCAACAAAGUCGACUAGAUUCUCUCAGAACAAUACUAGAAGGAGAAAGUGGAAAGAACGUUGAUGAAGAGUCAGUUAGCAAUGACAUGGAAAGUGACACUGGCUUUGAUGUAGAUGCUUUCUGUAUAGAAAGACUAUCUUUGGAUCCAUCUAAGCUACAAGUUCAGAUGGAAUUCUCACCGCCUCCACCAGUAAAGAGAUCUAGAGAGAAAGUCUUAUAAUGAUUUGGUGAUGGAAAUCUGUAAUGUUAAAGGGGAUGGAGCUAGCUUUAGAGUGCUCCAGUAUAGAUAACAGUACAGCAUUCGAGUCUGAGUCGUAUAUAGAAUUCAAGCUUACCACACGGUCCACACCCUUCAUACAGUCUG